AAAUAACACAAGCAUGGCAGGUAUUACAUGGCUGCUACCUCUCUUUUUGUGUGUUUAUAUAUAACAGAUUGGCUUCACUGAGAAAAAAACUAAGUAUAAAAAAGCAGGCUGAGAUGGAAACGGCGGUCCCCUCGCCGUCGACGGCGUUGGUUGACUUCAACUUUGACAGUGCAUGCACUACCCCUUUUAUAAGCGCGCCUUCUAGCCCUCAACGAUUUUCUUCCGACGUAACUCCGAUCAGGUGGAAACAGAACGCCAAUGAAGAAGAAGAAGAUAUCAUCUGCGAAAGUUUUGAUUUUGAAUUCAGUGGACCAUUAGAAAAGACUUAUUUUUCUGCCGCCGACGAGCUCUUCGACUCCGGCAAGAUAAAACCCCUGAAGCCGCUGCCUCCGGCCACAUGUACCCGGCCCUCCCCUGUAGAUAAGUCGUUCCGAACAGACGAAGCCGCCGACGGCCGACUACGACGAGGUAGAGAAACCCGUUGUUCGAGUAAUCGUCGGCACAAAGCGACAAGAUCGCUCUCCCCUUUCCGCGUGGCGGAUUUGCUAUUGGACCGGAAACAGAGCAUCGAUGACGAAAAUUACCCUGUUUCUUUCACGCCGUCGUUCAUCUCUACGGUGUUUUCCGGAAAGUGGAAGCUGAAGGAUCUGCUGCUGUUCAGAAGCUCGUCGGAAGGGCGGCCGAGCAGUACAGUACAAUGGAUGAAGAAAUAUACAAAUUCCGGGAAGAACGGAGAAGAAGACGAGGGGUCUUCAGGGACAUCUUCGAUCUCCCGGAGGAGGAGGGUGCCGCCGGAAGUGGCGGCUCCCGAGCUGCGGCAUUACACGGUGAGACGGACGGCGGUGCCGGAAGAGCUGAAGAGGAAGACUUUCUUGCCGUACAAGCAAGGGAUACUGGGCUGUUUGGGCUUCUAUAAUCCAUCGGCGGCCCAUCGUGAAUUUUCUUGUAGAGGUAGUAGUAGUUUUUCUUCUGUAUCUAUUCCUCGCUAAUUGAGAUUGGAUCGUCGGUCCAAAACCCGACCCAUGUCCAACAACCCAUACCAUAAAACAGGUCAAUAUCAUAUUGCUAUGGUUAUAACCAAAGUGACCAAUCCCUCGCACUUGAGGUUUUAGAGAAUAUGAUGGUCUCGCUAACUGUUUUCAUACAGAUAAUUAAUACGGAGUAAUUGAUUGUCAA